UACAAGUCUGUGAAAGUGGUUACAUAGCCGAUUUUCAUUCCUUAUUUUUUUGAGGAAUUCCUUUAGGACGCAAGCGUACAAAAAUGUAAACCAAAAUUUCAUUUCCCUCUCUUUGUUUCUGUAAUGUACCUCUAUAACCAAGAGCAAUGACUGAAAUACUUUGCUAAUAUUUCCACAUUGCACCUCGACGGAGCAAAAAAGUACAAUGCAAAGUGUUACAUUACCUCCUGCCCAUCCUGCUAGGAAGUCAAUCCAGAAGAACAUCCUGGAAACCAGCUAGGUGUUUAUAUAAUAUAACCACAAUUAUUUUUUCGGGAUUUUGGCAGAAUUUAGGCGCUCCCGAACAUGACUAAUUGUCAACCUGUGAUCCAUAACACUCGAUAAAAAUGCUGUCCAGGAAAAACAAGGAUCUUCGGACGAUCAGGGAAGGGGUUGUUGGUAAAUAUGUCAAAAAGGACACCCCUCCUGAGAUGCCAAUCAUCAACGUUUGGACUACUGAGCCGAAGAGACGUAACUCAAAUCAAAAUAGGUCUUCCUUAUUUCAAAAUGCUAAUGCCAAUAACCCUUCAACUACUGUGCAAAAGUUCGGCAACCAGAAAACGACCAUAAGCGAUGUUGGAUUAGGUGCUCAUGAGGGAAAAUAUACUCCUAGUGCCUCUGUACCUGAUCUAGCUACAAGGUUUUCCAAUCUAUCUGUAGGUCUAUCUAGUGAAAACAAUCCAGCUGUUCAUGCCAAUUUCUCUAGCCAAACAGUCAAUGCUUCACAACCUAUCUAUAUAAAUCAGCACAUUGGAAAUUCUCUACACAAUGAUGACUCACCGAGUAAUGCAAACUAUGUGGACAUUGACCAAAUAUAUCCUUUGACACAAGACUCAAACAGUGUCUAUAAAGAUUCAAAUUACAACAGAGCUAGCUCUCCAAUAUACCAAAACACGAACAAAAAUUCUAUGGUCCUGAACCAGGACACAACUCCCAUUUAUAGUAACACUAAUUUGGAAAGAUACAGAGGACUGACUCCAGGUAUAUCAUAUGGUGAGUCGUUGGCACAUCAUUUGAGGCAUGGUCAGAGAAGGCCUGACAAUACUCAAGCGGAGCAAUCGGAAGAGCUUCCAUUACCGCCAGGUUGGUCAGUUGACUAUACAUUGAGAGGUAGAAAGUACUAUAUUGACCACAACACCAAGACAACCCAUUGGUCUCAUCCUUUGGAGAGGGAAGGGUUGCCUACUGGUUGGCAGUGUAUCCAAUCGCCAAUAUACGGUGUCUACUAUGUCAACCACAUAACGCAGCGCGCUCAAUACGAACACCCGUGCCUGGUACCCUGCUACAGUUACGCGGCGCCUGUGGCGACUGCUGUGACCCCUGAAGUGCCUUACGCGCAGCUUCAACAGCAACCUCAACACGCUCAACCCCAGCAACAACAAAGGCAGUACUUGCCUCCCGUCGCUGCGGCCCAGCACUACCAACCGCACAGUGUGUUGGUACCCGCCAAUCCGUAUUUGCUGGAGAGGAUACCUCAUUGGCUCAACGUCUAUUUCAAAACUAGCAUUGAAUCAGACCAUAAACUGCGAUGGGACAUGUUCAGACUCGAUGAAUUAGAAUGUUACAGUGCAAUGUUGAUCAGACUAUAUGCUCCUGCUGCAGAAUAUAGUCGACAUAUGUUUUAUAGUACCAAAGUGAUACAGAGUGAGCCGUCCAGAAGUGCUAGUACAGCAUGGCUGUGGGGUGGUUCUUUUGGAUCCAGAAAUUCUGUUUUAUUAUUCCAUAGUUCGGCCUUAGCAGAUGCUGACAACGAAGCUGUUAUCAAGGAAAAACCUGGAUAUAAGCUCCAUGUAACAUAUAAGGCCUUUCAAGCAGAAACGAAAUUAUUAGCAAAAUUGCUAGACUGUCAUGGAAUUUCAGAAGCAGCAGCUACUUCUAAUGACUUCAAUUUACUCUGGACUGGUUCCCACCCAAAACCAGGAGUCCUGCGAUCCUUAUCAGCUCAUCAACGGGUCAACCAUUUUCCACGUUCUUACGAACUGACGAGGAAAGAUCGAUUAUACAAGAACAUUGAACGUAUGCAACAUCUGAAAGGAUUCAGGCAUUUCGAUUUCAUACCCCAAACAUUUGUGAUGCCCAUAGAGUACAGGGAGUUAUGUCAAGCGCACCAUAGAGCUAGAGGACCGUGGAUUGUCAAACCAGUCGCUAGUAGUCGAGGCAGAGGAAUUUUCAUCGUCGAAUCCCCGCAACAAGUCCCCUUGGAAGCGCCGGUGGUGGUAGCGAAAUACAUUUCCGAGCCACUUCUAGUGGCAGGCGGUCACAAAUUCGACGUGAGACUGUACGUGCUGGUCACGAGUUUCGAUCCGCUAUUAGUCUACGUGUACGAAGAAGGCCUGGUGCGAUUCGCAACUGUCAAGUAUGACCGAGGACCGCACAGAGUUUGGGAUCCGUGCAUGCAUCUGUGCAACUAUAGCAUCAAUAAGUUCCAUAGUGAUUAUGUCAAAUCAGAUGAUCCAUGGGCGGAAAAUGUCGGGCAUAAGUGGACUUUGAGUGCUCUCUUAAGGCAACUGAAGGCGGAGGGAAGAGACACUACAUCGCUCAUGUCCCAAAUAGAAGAUCUAGUCGUUAAAGCAAUAUUAGCAUCGGCGAAUUCAAUCAUCACAGCCUGUAAAAUGUUUGUACCUCAUACCGGCAACUGUUUUGAAUUAUACGGCUUCGAUAUCCUGAUCGAUUCCAACAUGAAACCUUGGCUGCUCGAAGUGAACCUAUCUCCGUCAUUGAACUGCGACAGUCCUCUGGACGUUCGCCUGAAAUCUGCGAUGUUGGCAGACAUGUUGAGCUUGGUGGGAAUCCCGGCGGUCGAUCCUGUCAUCAAGCAGCCCACUUUGGCGCCCAACGCAGGCUUGGCAGGCGGACAGAUCCAAGGAGAAAACCGGCUCAGGGUCAAAUUCAAGAACUGUCGCAGAGUGCAUUCGGCAGAAUCUGGUACUGGUCCUCGUCGUACCGCUGCUUUAGCUGGAGAAGGUCAGCAAUUGAGUGCUGAAGAAUCCCGCGUGGUACGAAUGGCAGUCGGACAGUACCAAAGGCGAGGAGGGUUCGUCAGGAUAUUCCCCGCUGAAGACAGCUGGAAUAAGUAUUCGCAAUACCUUGAUCCUCAAAUGGGAAUACCGCUGUCUGGCACAAGAGCUAGUAGCAGCUAUAUUGUGAACAAUACUCCGCACAAUUACAAUUUUUUGCUGUACACGUACUUUUUUUCUGAUACCAAAAACACAGUCACGUCAGUCAAAUCCAAACCACGCACUAAACGCGCCUUUUCAUAUCAGGAAAACGUCCAGAAUAAAGGUUUGGAUUAGAAACUUUGUGCAGAAAAGAUUCUCUGAUCUCGUAUGUAGGAAACCUAGUUUUGGAAUCACAAGAUCAUUGAGAAAUGAAAAAUCGUUCGUAUUGAAUUAAAAAAAAAAUUUCAGCAAUAAUUGUGUAUAGAAUAUAAUGAAAAGAAGCUGAGAAACUUUUCAUUAAUAUAUCAAGGAGUAUACUUUUCAGUGGCGCUCAAGUCUUGUCUGGCUUUACAGAGUCUGCAACUUGUCCCAAAGAAGAAUCAGAGAAGUGCAAUUUAUUUAACCAAAGUCUUGUUCUAUCGCUCUUCAGCUUGUUGGUGUGCUUUUGCAUUAAAUAUAAGAAAGAGCAGUUCAAUUUUUACCAAAUGUACUUAUUGAUAUGAAAGUGGUGGUAUUGGAGUAUUAUGUAAGAUUCACCUAAUGCAUUUUUCUAUCAAAAUAGCGCAUAAUAGUUUGAUAUCAUCUGAUUUCUGAUAGUGUUAUUUGUCGCUUAAUCUAGUUCUUUUCUACUUCUAUACGGGUGGUUAUAAAUAUACAAUGUUUUGUUAAAGUGUUUACAAGUUUACUUAUUUAUUUGAACUUAUUGAAAAAAUAAAGUAUUUUUUGUAUGACAAA